CUGAGAGUCCUAAUCAACUAUUGUACAAAAUACAGACUGCAAAUUGAAUGGUUGCCACGCAACCUGGGCUUCUGCAUGCCGAGUGCACCACGCUGCACCGGAGACAUGCAUGAUAAAACAAUUUUGGCAAAGUCAAAAUAAAAGCAUGACUAGUACAACGAAUUUCAAAUGCUGUUCGAACUUAUUUGUUGCUAUUUUACUUCUUAACAUUGUUGUCAUUAUCACAGCAGCGUACAUUUUGGUAGCUUAUCACUUGAACCGCGAAACGUGGAAUAGUUCUGUUGAACCAGCCCCAGUUGCAACAGGUUUAACGAAUUGGACAACGAAGACUGGUGGUCAUUUUGCAAGUAAGAAGAAAGUAAUGAUUUUUGUCGGCAUCAUGAGUGCACCGCGGUUGAUAUCACGAAGGAAUGCGUUGAGAAAAAGUUGGUUAACACAGUGUAUAGGAAUCCCAUGCUUGUUUUUCUCAGAUAGUCAAGACAUGCAUGGCAAUAAACUACCAGACAAUAUACACGUGCCAUUACAGCAGGAACAAUUGCUUCAUAAAGAUUUGAUUCUAGCACAAAGUCCUGGGGGUAUCAACUUCGCGCGGCGUUAUCUAUGGAUGUUAAAUUGGGCAAAUGCGCGAUAUCAGUUUGAAUAUUUCUUGCGCAUCGAUGAUGAUUAUUUUGUGUGCAUGGAUAGACUAUUGCUUGAGUUGCCACAUCGGUCACGAGAUAAAUUGUAUUGGGGAUAUGUGCAUUGCAGUCCACCAGGUAUAAAAACAGUUUACAUACUACAGUCUACAGUAAUUUCAUUUAUAGGGAAUAGUUCUAUCAUUUCUCCUCUGUGUUUUAGUCGGGCGAGGUGAUUAUUGGUGAAUAAAACCGAGACGAAGUCGAGGUUUUUAUUCACGAUAAUCACCGACCCUGAGGUGAAUAAUUGUUUUAGUAUAAUUCCAUAGGUGAUUAUUUGGAAAAAAUAAAAAAUACACAUUUCUUCGUCAUUUAAUCGGCAAAACGGCUUCGGCCGCAAUUUCGAAAAUCGCUUGGGUGAUUAUCGCGUUAUAAUCAUCUCAACGGCAACCAAUCAGCGUGGAGAAUUUUCAAUAAUCACCUAUCAGUAUACAAUUUUUUUAUACUAAAGGCUUUUAUUGAGUGAGUGUCAUGCCAGUGAUGCUUUGACUUUUGUUUUAGAUUUUGUUUACAUUCAGCUGUAUCUUUGUAUAUUAUCUGAUGAAUAUACUUUCAUUACAAUCAUUUUGCAUAUUUACGCAACAUUUCACAAGAUACGACUUACUUCGUUUACCAGAGUUGUUUUUCAACAGGAUUCCGAUAAAUAUGGGCCAAUACAAAUUAAAUCUUGGAGAGCACUUAUAAAUAUCUCAAGAGUCAGCCAUUUUCUAGCUGGGACGCCAAGCGUGCAAAGGAUCACUGGCAUGAUACCGAUGAUACGAUCAAAGUAUCCACAUGCAUGCAUGAGCGAGCUUUCAUGCUGGCUUUUGCGAUGAGUGGAAAAGAGACUUAAUACUAACUAAUGCUCUCAAACUAAUACUCGAGAGAUGAAACUAAUACAAAUAGAGAUCUGGUGACACACAGUUGAUAAAACUGUUCUUGAAUACAAACUCUGUGGCCUUCUGUCCAUUUUACAAAUGGUUACCAUCAUGCACAGAAACCUGCAAGUCGUAUUCUUCGCCACCUGCACUAACAGCAAACAUUUAAAUUAAGACACUAUUCAUAUAAUAAAAACUGGAUUGUCUGACUGAACUUUCAAGUACACUAACCCACACUAAUUAUUUCCACACAGGUGGAGUGAGAGUUGACGAAGGCUUCGUGAUCGUGAGCAAUGACCUUGCACAAACGUUCCUACGUGAACAAAACAAGACACUCAUGUGUCACGCAUAUGGCGAUCAGGCCAUGAUCAUGUGGAUAAACAAUAUCCCUGGGGUGACCUACUUCGGAGACCCUAGGGUACACCAUGCUGUGGUUAAUAGGAACAAAAUUCUACAGUAUAAGGACUUCUGCGAGAAUUUUUUAGCCCUACAUGGCAGCUAUCCUGCAGAUGUCGACUUGUUCUGGAAACAUUAUUUGAGUAAAACGACAAAGAAAAAAUACACUAUACCUCCUGUCACAUAUCCUUGUGGUACGAUGAGUAAGACUUUCAACUAUAGGAGUUUUGGUGGGAUGUAUCAUGCCAAGCCAAGACCCUGUAGAGAAAACCCGAUCUGGAACAUAGGAGAGUUUUAUGGAGGUAGAAAUGGGUAGUAAAGGGUAAUCUGUGUUAUAUAUGGGUAUACAGCGUAGCUAAUGGGGAAUCGUGUUAGGGAUAUACAGGGAUGGAUUGUGAUAGUAAUAUAGCUAGGAAUAUAAUUGGAUGAUAGGCAAAUUAAACUAUAGGGAUAGUAUAGGAGUAGAAAAUUUUUUAUUGUCUUAUUUAUAAAAACCGUAACUUCUUUAGCAGUUUUUAGUUCCGUUGCUUCGUUUUCGAGCUGAUGUUUCAGUUAUAGUUUGAUAUACGUGUCAUGGUUAAGACUUAAAUUGCUAUUAUCGAACACAAUCGCAUUAUAGAAGUAUAUUGUGUAUUUGCGUUGUUCUACAACAUCAAAUAUCCUGGAUUCUCUAGUAAUUUCAUAUCAUAACAACAGGAAUAUAUAACAUUUUCACCAAACUCAUGUAUCAUCUUUCAACAAAACAAAAAGAAUGACAAAUUAGUAGAAUUGUGUCAUCAGACGAUGAGAAAAGAUCACGCAAAUAUAAUAAUUACUUGUGUAAAACUGAACGUUUUAAAAACUUCUCUGUUGCUCAAAUAAUUUUAAAGGAGAAUAGUAACCUUAAGGGAGUUUUUGAAAUAUUAAUUGACAUUCUAAACUACAGUAUAUCAUAGUUUUAUUCAGUGUAUGAACUUUGUAAUGUACCUCGUACCCAUGCAGGCUCUUUCCUCUACGCGAGUUCAAUAAACCAUAUUAUUAUAAUAAUAAUAAUAAUAAUAAUAAUGAUAAAUGCAUAUUUGGACGUACAGAAACCUUGACACGCAUAUCAAACUAACUGAAAUGUCUCGAAAACGAGGCAACAGAACGGAAAACUGCAAAAUAAGUUACCAUACAGUUUUUAUUAUUAUUUAGUUCUUUUAAAUGAGACAAUUAAUAAAAAUUUUCCUUUCAUGUGCACUAUAAAUUCUGAACGGAAUGGAACAUUUUUAUAUACAUCUCAAGAAUAUAGAAUACCUUAGCAAGGGUUCGCUUUUUCAAUAAUUUAGCUCCGUUCCUAUGUCAUACUCAUACGAGCUUCUAACUUAGAUUAAUCAACCGUUUCCUGUCGUGUUAAUUUAAUGUUGUUAAAAGUGUUUCCUAUUUGCAGGUAUACACUCGCUUCAAAAAUAGAAAUAAAAAGCCUAUUCCUAUUACUUUUUUCGUAUUUAAUUGGCGCAUGUAAACCAAGUUGUAAUGGCAAUCUUGGGGUAAGCGAAAGCCAAUAUGAAUCUUGAGAUCAAUGAAUAUUUCCUAUAAUCUAUAAUCAUUAAUUAUCUGUAGUGACUUAUCUGUGCAUGUGUUUGGUUAAUUAUAUAGAAAACCAACUGUAUGGCAUAGUUAUACUAUAGUUUGGACCUGCUAGUACUUUCGUACGACCUGCGGGAAAUUUAAAACAAAUUUUGGACAAUAAAAUGGCAUUGUCCACUCUUUCAAAACAAAC